GAAAGAACUACGAAAAAGAGCUCGCGCAAAAACAGAAGGAGACAGCGUUAUUGGCUUCAGCAUAAUUUAAAAUUUGUACUUUCACUGCCAAGCUGAGCUGUUAUUCCGAGCGCACGAGACACUGGAAGAGCACGGAUUACAAUGUUGACGAUUCCUGAGGCUUGGCUCACUUUCGGGGCCGCGUGUUUAAUGGCACACGGUGCGUUCGCUGGUUACGGGAUGAGCAUGUUUGCGGCGCAGACCUCGCCGCCCGACCCCUGCUAUGACGAGAACGGUAACCCGAGAAGAUGCAUUCCCGAUUUCGUGAACUCCGCUUUCGGCAAGGAAGUGCGCGUGACGAGCACCUGUGGGAAACCAGCCGGGAGGUACUGCGUCGUCACCGAGAAGGGAGAAGAGAGGAGCAGGAACUGCCACACGUGCGACGCCGGAGACCCAAAGAAGUCUCACCCGCCGGCGUAUCUGACAGACCUAAACAACCCCCAUAACCUCACAUGUUGGCAGUCAGAAAAUUACAUACAGUACCCGCAGAACGUCACCUUGACGUUGUCUUUGGGAAAAAAAUUUGAAGUCACCUAUGUGAGCCUACAGUUCUGCUCGCCGCGCCCGGAGUCCAUGGCUAUCUAUAAGUCAAUGGACUAUGGAAAGUCAUGGGUGCCUUUCCAGUUCUAUUCAACGCACUGCAAAAAGAUGUACAACAAACCAAACAAGGCUACAAUCACAAAGCAAAACGAACAAGAAGCCAUCUGCACCGAUUCUCACACGGACAUGCACCCUCUCUCCGGGGGUCUCAUUGCGUUCAGCACAUUGGAUGGUAGACCAUCGGCGCACGACUUUGACAACUCACCCGUGCUUCAGGACUGGGUGACGGCCACCGACAUCAAGGUGAUAUUCAGCCGAUUGCACACCUUCGGGGACGAGAACGAGGAUGACUCGGAGUUGGCCCGAGACUCGUAUUACUACGCCGUCUCGGACCUGCAGGUCGGCGGCCGGUGCAAGUGCAACGGCCACGCUUCAAGGUGCGUGAAGGACCGGGAUGGAAACGUUGUUUGCGAGUGCAAGCAUAAUACAGCCGGUCCGGAGUGCGACAGAUGCAAACCGUUUCAUUAUGACCGACCUUGGCAGCGCGCAACCGCAAGAGAAGCGAACGAAUGUGUCGCGUGUAACUGCAACCUGCACGCCCGACGCUGCCGCUUCAACAUGGAGCUGUACAAGCUGUCCGGGAGGAAGAGCGGCGGAGUCUGCCUCAACUGCCGCCACAACACGGCUGGCCGCCACUGCCACUACUGCAAGGAGGGCUUCUACAGAGACAUGAGCAAGCCCAUCUCCCACCGCAAGGCCUGCAAGGCCUGUGACUGCCACCCCGUGGGCGCUGCGGGCAAAACCUGCAACCAGACCACAGGCCAGUGUCCCUGUAAAGACGGCGUGACCGGCAUCACAUGCAACCGCUGCGCUAAAGGCUACCAGCAGAGCCGCUCCCCCAUUGCCCCCUGCAUAAAGAUUCCUGUUGCUCCCCCAACAACCAGCAUGAGCAGCACAGAGGAGCCAACAGAUUGUGAGUCCUACUGCAAGGCCUCCAAAGGCAAGCUGAAGAUCAACAUGAAGAGGUACUGCAAGAAGGACUAUGCGGUGCAGGUGCACAUCCUGAAGGGCGACCGGGCCGGGGAGUGGUGGAAGUUCACGGUCAACGUCAUCUCCGUGUACAAGCAGGGCGAGAGCCGCAUUCGGCGGGGGGACCAGCUCCUGUGGGUCCACGCCAAGGACGUGGCCUGCAAGUGCCCCAAGAUCAAGCCCGGGAAGAAGUACCUCCUGCUGGGGAACGAGGACGACUCCCCGGACCAGAGCGGGGUGGUGGCGGACAAGGGCAGCCUGGUGAUCCAGUGGAGAGACACGUGGGCCCGUCGGCUCCGGAAGUUUCAGCAGCGCGAGAAGAAAGGGAAGUGCAAGAAGGCGUAAACAGGGAGGAAGAGACGGAGGAGCGGAGAGAGGAGAGAGAGAUGGAAGGAGAGAGAGAGAGAAGGAAGAAAGAGAGACAGACUGUGUUCUGCUGCUUUGGGUAGAAGCGCAAAGAGAAAUACUAGAAUGUUCUUUUUUUUAUUUUUAUUCAAAGGACUUCGGUGAAGGAGAUCACUUUUCUGCAGUUUCGUCGUCAGUUAUUUCUUCAAGAUUUUUUUUGUGGAUUUGCUGAGUUUGCACCUAAUAUUACAAGUAUAUGAAGUCAUUUGUAUUUUAUUCAUUACGUUAAUAUUUCAGAUCCGUCUAUAUAGAACAUUGUAGUUUUUGUUUUUUUCAAAGAAAAACAGGCUACUGUAUCAUGUUCAUAUUUGAAAAUUGUUCUAUGGCUAUAUCUAAUGUAUAAAGAUCUCUCAACUUAGCAGGUAGAGUGUGUCACUAAUAUUUGUCAACUUACAUGCAACCGUGUAAACAGAAGAUUGUAAACACUAAAAGGUAUUAUUGCAGUUUCUGUAUGUCUAAUAACACAAAAACAAAUAUGUCAGUUAGCCUUUACACAGAACUGCUGUGAAAAAUGUAAUUGACUCUAAAUAAUUCCGUUUUCUUUUUUACCCAAAGAGUCAUAGAAGGGCUUACCAUAUCAUGUAGCAGACAGAGGAGAGGGUGUCUAUUGGUGGUUAGACUCAGGCUUGCAAUGGAGGUGUAGGCUCUAGAGCAGGGAUACUCAAUCUUACCCAGACAGGGCCGGUGUUUGUGUGUGUGUGUGUGUGUGUGUGUGUGCAGGAUUUUGCUCCACCCCAGCAGUUACACACCUGACUCUACGAAUCAAUAUAGUAUUUGCUAAGUACUUGCUAAGUACUAUAGUAUUUGCUAAGUACCUUGAUUAGUAGAGUCAGGUGUGUUACUGCUUGGUUGGAACAAAAGUCUGCAUAAGAUUGGGUAUCCCUGCUCUAGAACGGGGAUCUUAAAUCCUGGAGGGCUGCUGUGUCUGCUGGUUCUUGAUGUGUUCCUGAAGUGCUUAAUUUAAGUCACUGAUUGGCUAAAGAGUCUGCACAUCUCGUUUCCAAGGCCCUAAUUGGCUGCCGAUUGAAAGGCUGAUAACCAGCAGAGAGUGCGGCCCUCCACAACUGGUCUAGAUUGUAUACACAUUAAUUGUUGGAAGUGAUCCGUUUUUCAUCAAUAUUCAUACGUUAAUAUGAAAUUAAAUAUGAGUAUCAUGUCA